GAAAACGGGGGUUCCGAGUGCAAAGCAAAGUUUUUUUGUAAACCGUCUGCAAAGGCGGGGGGUGGGGGGCGCAGAAGGCGGCCGAAGCCGGGCGGAGCGCAGUCGCCGCAGACACCGUCUCCGGUGAGCGGGCUCCUUCGCGGGGUCCCGCCCCCCCCCCCCCGCCGCUCUCCGAUGCGCGGCCGCCCGGACGCUCGCCGCCCGCCGCCCGCGCCCCGCCACCCAGCAGAGCCCGCCGUACACAGAGGCGCCUGAGGAACGCGGCGGUUUCCCGGGGCCCCGGCUGCCCGGAUUCCCGGCCUCGGCUCCCCGGGUCUGCGCUCCCGUGCGCCCCGGCUGCCGGGAUCUCCACGCUCGGCCCCGACUCUGCGCCCGGGCCCCGCGGGUCCCCUGCGCCCCGGAUCUCCGCUCUCGGUCCCGGCUCUGCGCCCCGGAUCUCCACGCUCGGCCCCGGACCCCCUGCGCCCCGGACCCCACCCGCCGCCGCCACCAUGGGCUGCUGGGGCCGCAACCGCGGCCGGCUGCUGUGCAUGCUGCUGCUGACCUUCAUGUUCAUGGUGCUGGAGGUGGUGGUGAGCCGCGUGACCGCGUCGCUCGCCAUGCUGUCCGACUCCUUCCACAUGCUGUCGGACGUGCUGGCGCUCGUCGUUGCGCUGGUGGCCGAGCGCUUCGCGCGCCGCACUCACGCCACGCAGAAGAACACGUUCGGCUGGAUCCGCGCCGAGGUGAUGGGCGCGCUGGUGAACGCCAUCUUCCUGACCGGGCUGUGCUUCGCCAUCCUGCUGGAGGCCAUCGAGCGCUUCCUGGAGCCGCACGAGAUGCAGCGGCCGCUGGUGGUGCUGGGCGUGGGCGCGGCGGGGCUGUUGGUGAACGUGCUGGGGCUCUGCCUGUUCCACCACCACAGCGGCGCGGGCCACGGACACGCGCACGGACACGGACACGGACUCCCGGCCAGGGCGGCGCGCGCCAAGGGCGGCCGAGCCGUGGGCGGCGAGGCGGCGGGGGUGGGCGGCCGCGCGCCGGACCAAGAGGAGACCAACACGCUGGUGGCCAACACCAGCAACUCCAAUGGGCUCAAGGUGGACACAGCAGAGCCAGAAAAAUCCAGAAGUGACGAUCCAGUGGAUGUACAAGUGAAUGGGAACCUCAUCCAGGAGCCUGACCAUCUGGAAUCCGAAGAUGAGGAUAGGGCGGGACAGCUGAACAUGCGUGGCGUGUUCCUGCAUGUCCUCGGAGAUGCCUUGGGUUCAGUGAUCGUGGUAGUAAAUGCCUUGGUCUUUUACUUCUCUUGGAAAGGUUGUUCUGAAGAGGACUUUUGUGUGAAUCCGUGUUUUCCUGAUCCCUGCAAAGCCUUUGUAAACAGAAUCAACAGCACUCACGCACCAGUCCACGAGGCAGGUCCGUGCUGGGUGCUCUAUUUAGACCCAACUCUGUGCAUCAUAAUGGUCUGUAUCCUUCUUUACACCACGUACCCAUUGCUUAAGGAAUCUGCUCUUAUUCUUCUGCAAACUGUUCCUAAACAAAUCGAUAUCAGACAUUUGAUACAGGAGCUCCGAAACGUUGAAGGGGUUGGGGAAGUCCAUGAGCUACAUGUCUGGCAGCUCGCUGGGAGCAGAAUCAUUGCCACUGCCCACAUAAAAUGUGAAGAUCCAGCAUCAUACAUGCAGGUGGCCAAGACCAUUAAAGAUGUUUUUCAUAAUCACGGAAUCCACGCUACCACCAUCCAGCCUGAAUUUGCCAGUGUGGGCUCUAAAUCAGGUGUAGUCCCCUGUGAGCUCGCCUGCAGAACUCAGUGCGCCUUGAAACAGUGUUGUGGGGCACGGCCGCAGGCCCGUUCUGGAAAGGACACAGAAAAGACCCCAACAGGUGGCAUUUCUUGUUUAGAGCUCAAUGACAAUGCAGAGAAGAAGCCCAGGAGGACUAACACCGACAGCAGCCUCCCCACUGUGGUCAUAGAUAUUAAAAACGUGCCAAACAAACAGCCCGAAUCAUCUUUGUGAGUCUUGAAAAAGAUGUGAUACCUGACUUUUGCUUUUAAACUGCAAGAGAAAAUAGACUCUAUUGAAAUUCUAAGUUUGCCAAGUAGUGUAAUUGACGUCCUUGUCUGGUUGCACAGUUUAAUUACAUUUUUGUAAGAACGUAAUGGGACUGCAUACAGAGUUCUCUAUUACAGUUUGGGAUUAUUAGUGCAUAGGAGCAGCUAUGCUGUGACACGUUUUGAAAGCCAGUUUCAACACUAUGUUACAUUUUUGUUUAAGUGUAUAAACCUUAUGUGACAUAAUGACAUUUGAUUCCCGGUUUUCCCAUGAUAAGAAUUAGGGGGAUAAAUAAAAUGUUACUGCAGUUUCUCUGCUUUUCUUUGCCCCCCCAUUGUUUAGGUUAUCUGUUAGAAUUAUAAUUGCUAAACCUUGAAAAUCAUCAAGUUGGUUUCCGUUGGUGUCUCAGGUAUAUUUACUUGCCCUUUGAGAUCAUAGCAUAACAUAAUGGCAGCGUAUUUUAAGAAUGACUCUUGGCUGUCAGCAGGAAGUAAGAUUAGUUUCUAGUCUGUUCUCUACUGCUGAGCAUUAAUAAACAGUGAGAUGCCCACAAAAUGAAUGACAGUUUACACAGUGGGGCAUGUAGGGAGCAGGAACAGCAGGCUUAAGUAGAUGAUCAUACAGUAAUAGAUUACAUCUCGUAAAUUAUUUUGAGAAUUUCAGCUGGUUUUAAUCUACCAAAGUUAGUCUAAAACAGGUUCACCAGCACUAUUUUCUUGAAAGACUAGUAUUAAUAUUAAAAGUUUUCAUAGUGUAUAAAUAUUUUUGAGGAUGCUUAGUUUUAGCUUGUUUUUCUUUAGUGCAAGCUAAAUUGUGUCUUAACAACGUUCAUGGUGACCAGUCACAAAUGGGCUUGAACAACUUUUUAAGCACAAUCAGCAAAGCCCGUGCUUGGCAAGAGCUGUUGACUGGGAAGGAAAAAAAAAAAAAUCAGAUGGUUAAUGAAAUUUGGACAUUAAAUUUUUAGAACACAAAAUGAACAAUUAGAAACAAAUUAAAAUUCUUUUAAGUCUUGGGGUCUUGACAUGGCUCAGUCUACCAGUGUGCUUUGUGAGAUGUCACAAGAUCCGCCCAGGAAGUCCUCGGUGUCUGUUCCAUUACAGAUCAAAUCCAACACGAACAUUUGAAGAUAUUUAAGUUAUAUUUUUCUUGAUAGAGAAGGGUUAUGCUUUGUGAAGAAAAUGUAGUUUUCUUGUCUUUAAGAAGAGUGAAUGUUAUUAAUAUCAGUUACAUAUAGCUCUAUUUUUCUAGGAACAAGGUAUUCUGACUACUUCAAUAACUUUUAUAGCUGACUACUUUUGGGAAAGUUACCUUUUGGGAUUUGAAAUAAUUCCUUGCUUAAUAAUCUGAAAGUGUUGGACUACGACAGUUACUUUUUGAAGGGACGAUCUUUCUCUGUAGCUGGAUGUUUUUCCCCUUCUUUAAUAAGCCUGUUGCUGGCAAUGGGCCUAUUUGAAAACAGCUGAAUUUUCUGAUGAGAAAGUUAAUUUUAGGAACAUAGUUUGUAAGUUCCUAUUUACUAUAAUGGGCCAAAACCGUAACUUGCCAAUUUGUAAUACAUCUUGAUUGUUCAAUAAGUCUAAUAUUGUGUGGUGAUUGUGAUUCAGUUCCUUAACUGGUAGUUAUUUUGAAUUUUUCAAAAAGGUUUGGGUUGUUCUUCACAUGCUUUUUCUUUUUCCCUAACAUGGACUGAGAUUGUGGUGGGUGAGAGGGGGCUGCGUUGUGCUGUGUCAAGUGCAUUCCUAACCACACCUUACUCAAGGUUGUAAUGAGAUAACAUCUCAGCAUUGAUACCUGUAGGAUAGCAGGUAAAAAGGUAACACACCCUAUGGGGUUUUCUUUAGAAGUGCAACGUGCUCAGGCUUAUGGCUAAAGGAGCCCCUGAAUUCAGUGUUUUAAAGUGGUUCAUAAGGCGUGGAACAGCUUGUCUUGCUUUAGUUUUUAGAAGUGCUGUGAGGUGGUGGCCUUUAGGCUUUAUGUCACGUCUCAUAAUUUUUAAGUAGCUUCUGUGUAACGAAGUGGGGACUAUAGGCUUGGCUUUUUUUUUCUCAAAGGACUUGGUCAUAGCAAAAUCCAUGGGUGCUGACUCACCUUGGAGUUUUAGAGAAUUAUUUAUUUCUUUACAAUGCACUUUCUAACCCAGUUUUAGCUACAUUAGCAUUAUCUUUAAAGAAGAAGAAGAAGAAAAAAAAAUGCUUGUUAUAGAAUUUGAGUGUCUUUUCCAAAGUAGCUUAUUUUCUUCCUGAAAGAAGUGGGGCGCUACCUUGACUUCUUAGGGACUAGCCCAUUGUUUGCAUGUGUGUCAUAGCAUUGCAUCAGUUCUGAGAGUUGUGGCUCUCUGCUGGCUCUUUCCUAUUUGAGCAAGAUCAGCGUACAUUACGGUUAGAAACUUGUCUUCUCUGAAGUUGGGUAAGGAGGGUGUUGCAUGCUUCUGAAUUAAAAACUAGCAAAUUGUGCAAGCCGCCUGCCGCCUUGGAGUGACAGGGUUCAUUUUCCACCAUCAGCUUUUAGCUCGUACGAUUAAAUUUUUUUCUGGAGGGUAUGGGCUAGAAUAUGAAAAACAAAAUCCUCAAGAAUUUUAACUGUAUUUAUUUUUACACUUUAAAAAGCCAAAAUGCUGAAUAACUUGAUCCUAAGAUGUACGAUCUGAACAGGAAGGUUUUUUCUAUGGAGUGCACUUUGGAAAGUCACCGUAGGAGGCGGUUAACGUGUGUGUCUUCUUAGUGCUCUCUGUUAUUUUGAGUUUUUGAAAGUUUUGAGGGAAAGACCCGUGGAACGUAAUGUAAAGUGUUUGGUGGGUAAACUGGUAUUGAGUAUUUUUACUGUUUUAUAAGCAGAUAUCAUUUGAAUAAUAAAUGUGAUUAACCUGCUGUCUUAAGAUAUUCAUACACAAAUAUGGAGAGUAAUUCUACAUUAUAAAAAUAUUUAUUUUAAUACUGAGUUUCAGUUAAGUGAUAAAACAGUGUUAAAAGUCUUGGGAAGGUGGAAGGGUUUUUUGUUUGUUAUUGUCUUUGUAAUUGAAGCUGUCUUGUGCUUCCCAUCUCUGAAAUGGGAUUCUAACAUAACAGCACUGUAUUGAAAGAGCUCUGCGUAUAUCUGUCUAUCCACAGACAGAUAGAUAGAUGUGGUGAUGCUGUUUUGUUUUACUAACAAGCUCUGGAAUAUUUAGCAGUCAUUUUCACUGGCACAGGAGCCUUUUGUAUUUAAUGAAUUUAAACUUCUAAACCAAAAAUUUUAUGGUUCAGUAUCUGGCAAAAGAUGCUGAGGGGAAUGUAACAUAGAACUAACAUGUGGUUAUGUAUCAAAAGACAAAAAUCACCAUGACAUGGGUCUGCCUUGAAAGAGCACAACAGAGUAUAUCAGUGGUUCCGUGACCUUGGAGGCCCACGACGUGCCAGUUCUGUGUGCUGUCGCCCAUCUUGUGGGCCCAACGCGGCAGUUAUCUCAUUGAGCUACAGCGCUGCAGCAUUUUACCUAACUGUGUGUUUUAUGACUGUGUGUUAUUUUCCAAAGCUGUUCCUACCUCACAACGAGGCUUUAUGGAUUGUUAUGUAUUAUAAAUGUUCUAUAUGAGACAAGACUACUGUGUUUCUUCUCAUUUAUUAAAAGUUAAGUAGAAAAAAUAAACUAAUAUCAAUGUCUACUUUG